UCCUUCUGCUUCUCCUUCUCCCCACUCCUUCCCUCAUCUCCAACCCCGACCUCCUUCCCCUAUCCUCUUCUCCCAUCUUUUACCCAUUUUUUACACAUCUUCUACCCCAACUCUUGCAUCACCUCCUUCUUUUCUUCCUCUCCCUCCUUUCCCCAACUCCUUCUCCCCUCCUUUUCUCCAGCACAGAUGCAUUCCGUAUUGGGCUGCAACCACCCCACUUCUGCCCUCCCCUGGAGGACCCUCCUGCCUCUCAUGGCUCUGCACCUCCUCCGCCCAGGAUCAGCCCAGCUCAGGGUGGUGGCACCGAGCGCCCAUGUCACUGCCAUCGUGGGACAGGACGUUGUGCUACGCUGCCAGUUGUCCCCUUGCAAGGAUGCUUGGAGCUCAGACAUCAGAUGGAUCCAGCACCGGUCCUCUGGUUUAGUGCACCACUACCAAAGUGGACAGGACCUGGAGCAGAUGGAGGAAUAUAAAGGGAGGACAGAACUGCUCAGGGAUGGUCUCUUUGAUGGAAACCUGGAACUGCGCAUCACUGCUGUGAGAUCUUCUGACAGUGGCUCCUACAGCUGUGCUGUGCAAGAUGGUGAUAAUUACGCAGACGCUGUGGUGAACCUGGAGGUGUCAGAUCCCUUUUCCCAAAUCGUCCAUCCCUGGAAGGUGGCUCUGGCUGUGGUCAUCACACUUCUCGUUGGGUUAUUUAUCAUCAUCAUUGCUUUUCUCCUCAGAAAGCAAGUGGCACAGAGCAGAAAGUUGAGUGAGUCCUUCCAGCCCCUUACACCACCAAAAUCCCUUUAAUGGAACUGAUAGAAGACUGCAGACUGGGUUCAUGCGAUGGUUUGGGGCUGUGGGAUGUGUUGGUGUUGUGGGAUGUAUUG